AUUCUAGAUAACUGGGCUCUUCUCUUCGCUCAGAAGCUGGCACUGAAAAACGAAAUUCCGCUUCAUGUGUGCUUCUGCCUGAAGCCCAGAUUCAUGGAAGCAACUAUCAGGCAUUACAAGUUCCUGCUUAAAGGUCUUGAAGAAGUGGCUGAAGACUGCAAAAAGCUGAACAUUCAGUUCAAUUUUCUGAUUGGAGAUGGUGAGAGAGUACUGCCCGGUUUUGUUGAGAAGAACUCAAUUGGAGCUGUAGUAGUUGACUUUAUGCCCUUGAAGGGACCCAUGAGCUGGGCUGAGCAGCUCAAAAAGACACUACCCAAGGAUGUACCGCUUUGCCAGGUUGAUGCACACAACAUUGUUCCCUGCUGGAUAGCAUCUGAUAAGCAAGAGUACGGGGCCAGAACCAUUCGCAAUAAAAUCAACAACAAACUCAAAGAGUAUUUGACAGAAUUUCCCCCUCUCAUCAAACAUAAAUAUGGCCAAGUUAAAGACGAGGUUAUCGACUGGGAAGGUGGUGAGAAAACUUUAGAGGUGGACAGGUCAGUUGAGCCUGUGACGUGGCUGACUCCCGGCUACAGAGGAGCCAUUCAGAUGCUCGACUCGUUCAUCAACAAGCGACUCAAGAAGUUCUCCACCAAAAGGAAUGACCCCACAGUUGAUGCUUUGAGCAAUCUCUCGCCUUAUUUCCAUUUUGGACAAAUGUCAGUGCAGCGUGCAAUCCUGACUGUGAGGGAGCACAGAAGUAAAGCUCCGGAGUCAGUGGAUGCGUUUUGCGAAGAAGCCAUCAUCAGACGAGAGCUUGCCGACAACUUCUGUUUCUAUAAUAAGAACUACGACAACAUCAAUGGAUGCUUCGAUUGGGCCAAGAAAACAUUGAAUGAUCACAGGAAAGAUAAACGAGAAUACAUCUACACAAAAGAAGAACUGGAAAACGCAAAAACUCAUGAUGAUUUGUGGAAUUCAGCAGAGGUGCAGUUGUUGAAAGAGGGAAAAAUACAUGGUUUCCUGCGAAUGUACUGGGCAAAGAAGAUUCUUGAAUGGACGACUUCCCCUGAAGAAGCACUUGAAAUUUCUAUUUAUCUGAAUGAUAAAUACAGUAUGGAUGGCAGAGAUCCCAAUGGUUUCGUUGGGUGUAUGUGGUCGAUAUGUGGAAUACACGAUCAAGGCUGGGCAGAAAGAAACGUAUUUGGUAAGAUAAGAUACAUGAAUUAUGCUGGUUGUAAAAGGAAAUUCGAUGUAGCCGCAUUUGUUGCAAGGUAUGGAGGUAAGAGUUACCCCUACAAAAAAUCAAAAUAAUUACCUCAAGAUUUAUUUUCUUUGAUCAGUAUUAAAUAAUCAAAGGUAUACGGUAUGAUUAGUUUCUCUUCUAGAAUUCGAUUUGCAUUUCUAUUUUUAUUGUGUUGCGUUUAGAGUUUUUGUUUUCGAUUGAAGAAAACAUUUUUGGCAAUAAUUUUACUCUAGUUGGACUGUUUGUGAUUUCUAAUAUGACCAUUGAUGGAAAAUAUCUGUUGUGGAUUGUUUAGUGGCCUUACUGCCUUAAAGUACAAAAUAGAUUAAAUUAAUGUAUUAAUGCACAACAUAAUUAUCAUGUAUUCUCUUUAUUCGUAGUAAGAUCUUGUAGAUGUGUGUCAUAUAUUGUCAUUCAAUGGCAAAUUUUUCACUAUAAUAACUUGAAAAACGUUUGUUAUAAUUUUUUAUAUUUUUUAAAAAUAUAUAAAUCUUUUACAUAUCGAAUAGUUUAUUUUCCUUGGUCAUUGAGACAGAUCAUCGAACACAUUUUAAAUUCCUCUUAUAGUGAACAAUUUUUUGUUUCUGUGAAAGCUUGAACUCGACAUGAAAUAACUCAUUUAUAAAAUUGGAAAGCGGGUUGGCGGUUCAUUUGAUACUGCACUCCAUCCUCUUGAAUUAUUCAGUCGCCUUUUAGUACUAUUCCCACUAUUUUAGUCCGUUAUUUUCAUUUGAAGCAGCUGCAUUUUGGUCUUUUCUGAGCUUCAAAGAACAUGUAUUCC